AUGGAGCUCUCUCUAGACGAGAAGAAACGCGUCGCGUACAUCGAACAAAGAUUAACUUCUUUGAAAAUUCAAUUAGGGAAGUUAGAACAAUAUUUGGAGGGUCUAAGUCCUGAUCCUGCAAAUGCUAAGAUGCGUUUGGACAGUUUAUCAUCACUUUACGAGGCUUGUCUCAAAUACAACGAGGAGUUAAUUUCACUCCAACCAGGAAAUCCUCAAGUAAAUAUCUUUUUGGAGGUCGAGUCUCGGUAUUUCGAAGCUGCCGGUUCCGUUACAAAAUUACAACGAGUCGAGCAUUUUUUGAGUUCCACUCUAAACAGUAGCAACAUUACGAUAACAGAACGACAGGAAUUGCCUAAGCUCCCAAAAAUUAAAAUCCCCACUUUUGACGGUAAGCGGGAAAAUUGGGCAUCUUAUAAGAAUAAAUUCAUUGCUCUUGUCCAUUCUCGUACAGAUGUCAGCGACGCAGUGAAGUGCAGUCAACUUUUUGACUCUCUCACUGAUUCCGCGCUUAAGAAAGUAAGCCAAUUUGAUCCCAGCGAUAAAGAUUAUCCGAAGGCUUGGAAGACACUUUUGGAGUUUUACGAUCACAAGCGCAUUGUGGCAGUAGAACAUUUGAACGCUCUUCUAGAUCUUCCUCGGUGUACCAAAGCUUCGGCUGACGAAUUGUCAUCGCUCUUAGAUGAAGCUCGUCAGCACCUGCAUAUUUUAGAAGGACUUGAUGCUCCACCUGGCGAGAAUUUACUUGUUCGUAUCAUCGAACGUUGUCUUCCUCCAACAACCAGGAGCAAAUGGCAGGAUAAACUCAAUAUGGAUGAAUUACCAAAGUUGGACGAUUUAUUCGGGUUCAUCCAAACGACCAUUUUCAAACUGCAGGCUCUGGAUACCUCAGUUACCCCUAAUCGCGUCAACAAUCCGAAAAAGAGACCUGGAGAAACUCCUACUCAAUCGUCGAAUAAAUUCGCGAAGAAGGCUUCUCAUGCAUUUGUUACGUCGUCCAAGUCUGAGGCAAUCUCCUCUCAAUCGACAUAUCUGACUUGUCCGAAGUGCAAUAAAGCUCAUCAACUUUUCAAGUGUCCGGCGUUCAGUGAACUCGGUGUUCAAGAUCGUUGGGACUUUGUGAAGAGUAUUAAAGCCUGCAGAAAUUGUCUUUGGGUCCAUCCAUUCCCUUGCAAGAACGACAAGCUCUGCAAGAAGUGCCAUCGUAAUCAUCAUACGCUGUUGCACAAUGACAAGGGCUCUCAACAAUUAAAGCCCCAGGAUACAAACCCCUCUCCAUCCAUCAGCGGUCAAAAAUGA